UACGUCCGAGCAAAACAUCUCACUACUACCAUAAUACCCCAGAAUAAUUAAUCGUUACUCCGUGUGCGGUGGAUCUGUCUUGGUUAUUAUUUUUUUUUUUUCGAUAAUUUUUUUCCUUGCACAUCUUUUUAAAAUGUUUUCGAUUAAUGUUCCGUUCGCCGCCACCACCGCCGCCGCUGCAGUAUUGUCCAGUCCGUCUGUCCGUUCAAUCAUUUACGUUUCUCGCCGCGGCGCAAACCAAUUGGCUUGAACGUCCGGACGGUCUUAGGCGUACCGUCGUGUUACGGACUGGCUGGUGCAAAUACUAAUAAUACGUUUACCGACCGCCGAGGUACGCGCUGCGACCGUUUCAAAAUGUCCAUCUCGUCAGAUUCCAUUAUCCACAAACUCUAUAACCGGCAGGUCCAUGGUACUUUUAAGUAUAAAUAUAACCCUCAAAAUAAUGCAAGAUAUUUAUUCAAAAAAAAUCCAGAUUGGUGUACAUUUUUAUUGUCUGAUAUUAUAAAAGACAUGUCAGAUCAUGUAUUAAUGGGCUUUACUCGAUGUGGCCGAUUUCUAUUGACUUAUACAUGUACAGUAGCAGAGACUGAAACUGUUGUCAUUGAUAGUCCUAUUAUAUCUAGUUCGAAUAUUAAGUACAAACUUCAUUUUUGGGCAUUUCGGCCAGGUCAAAAAGCUUUUAAGGUUACAGAAGUUUCGUUAUUUGAAAAUGCUGAUCAUAUUGAUCUUUUAAAUGUUUAUAUUGUUCAAUGGCCAAACCGUUCUGAUAGAGUUGUAGUUUUCGGUGAAAGUGUAAUAUCUGAAGAUGAUGAAUGUGAUAUGCACAAAAUCUAUAUUACAGUUACUACAUUACCAUCUUUAAAUAACUGUAUAGAUUGUCGAUCUGUAGCCUAUGAACAUAGACAUGAAGAUUUUUCCAAGUAUUAUUCAGGUAAUACAUGUCUUGUUCAUGGCCUUACUGUUCAUACAUUAUUUACUGUGUCGCAUCCUUAUCCAAGCCUAGAGCCAUACGUAUUAUUGAAAUAUGAUGAUCAUAUUGUGCUUAAUACGUGUAAUUUCAUUCAUGUUUUAAAUAUUGAUUUAGAUCAAAAUCAAGAUAUUGAAUCUGAUAAAACAGAAAACAUUAAUGCUCCAUUAGCUCACAAGCUUAGUAAUGAUUUGACUGAAUUUGGUUAUAAAAUGGCAAAUAAAAGUGAUAAUCAAGAAAGAGGUAUCAAGAGAAGACAUAUUGAAUCAAGAUGCUUUUUUGAUAAAGAACAAGAUUUAACCAUAUCUGCUUUGAAUCCUAUACCAAAUUAUAACAGCCAUCGUCUUUUGAGAAUGAAAGAUGCUGAAAAGAUCUAUGAUUUUGACGAAAACGAUGAUAGCUGUAUGCUUAAAUUCAAAUGGUUCAGGCGAAGAAGAAUAGCUGAUAAAAUGUAUGAAUUUUGUUCUGAAGAAGAAGAUAUGGAGAAUGUACAUCCUUCAUCUAAAAAAAGUCUAUGUCAACGUUGUGAAUCACCAGGACCUUCUGCUGUUGAUCAAACACCAUUAUAUAUACACACAGACUAUGAAGAUGAUAGAUUAAAUGACUGUGAUAGAAAAAUGUUAAUUGCUCAAGAAUUAAAUGCAAUCAUUGCGGACUGGGAUUGUUUAUCGUCACCUCGUUCAGUUACCUCUGAAGAUAGAGACCUUAAGAGUCCUGAUAUUGCUAAUAGAAAAAUAACUAAUGUGCUCAAGCCAAGAAAUAAAACUCCAUUGACAAAGAAUUCCAAAAAUGCCUGUGAUAAGAAAGUCAGUGUUAUGCUUGUACCUGAUAAUAAUACUCAAGGAAGUCAAUCUAAUAAUGUAUUUCUAUCCGUACCAUUACAAGGAUGUUCAGUAAAACUAGAGAGACGGUACAUAGAAGUAGAUGAAGAAAUUGUUUCAGUCUCCACAGAUUUAGAUGAAGAAGACGGUUUAACAGGGUCUUUAUGUGCACUUCCUUUGUCUGUGCAUGGGUCUGCUUCUGCUCAAAUGCAAAUGGUUAAUACUACUAAAAUUGGAAAACAGGAGAAAAAUGUUUGUGUCAUUAAGCAAGCGAGUUUAGAUUUUGAGCAUGUUAGUUAUAAAGUAGCAGAAAUUAUUUGCAAUCUAGAAGGGCACAAAUUUUGGUGCUACAAUGACUAUGAUUCAGCAAUUAUUGAUAUUUGUCCUUUGAAUGGGGACAUUUUAAUUGCACUGUGCAUAAGACUGAACACCGAAGAAGAAAAACGACCCAUACCUAUUUGCCAAUCUGAGAGUAGCAGGGGCUUUGAGACAAAGUGUGUGAUUUUGUGGAACCCCAAGACUGAUACUUGCUACCUAGAGGCUUAUUGGCAGCUAGAAGCUAUUACUGAAGAUUCAAGUACAAGUUGGAAUCCAGCACGUCAUGAAGCCAAUAUUCUGCGCCAAGCACCCCUGGGUUUCUUUAAUGUCCCUGCUGGCAGACAAGUAAAAUGUUUAUCCCAUGAAAUCUGGUCUAGACAUGACGGGUAUUUAAAUCCGUCUUUAUUUGAAAUCAGAGAUGAAGAGAAUAUGAUUACUAUUCUACGUAAUAGAAUAUUACAAAGAAUGUAAAGUUACAGUGUUUCUUUGCCACAGAAUGCUUAUGUAACUAGAAGAAGUAGGAGAGCCACUUAAGACAGUCUUAAGGUAUAUUAAGUUUUAAUAUUUAGAUAUAUUUAAUAUUAGUUUUAAUAUUUAUUAUGUUAAUAAAAAUACUGUGUGUGAUAGUAAUUAAUUAUUUUUUAACGAUGUACUACUAUUAAUUUGACUAUUAAGUUGUAAAUCUCAACAAAGUAUAUUAUAUAUAUAUAUCUGUUCUACUUGCCUGAAAUAAUGUUUAUUAAGCUCAUCGGUUUCUUGGUAUGUUUUAAUUUU